AUGUCGAACGAGCCCAAUACCAAGGCCACGGCGUCAUCCAGCAGCAGCUUGGCGUCGUCGUCGAAAAGCGUAUCAUCGUUCAAUAUUAGUGUCCCGACGUGGGCAUUUGGACAGUCGUACAAGCCCAGGCCGAAGCACCCAGAGUUUGUGUCGAGUUCUGAACCGUCGCUGGCUCCAAUGGUCAGAACGCCAAGAAAGCCAGGUGCCGGAUGGCGGCAUUUCGUUCACUCUCCACGCCUCGAACACGUUCGCCGAGUAGAGCUCCCGACGCGGGAGAACCUGUUCAUCAACCAGCCCAAGGACGUCGAGGUCGACACGAAGACCAUCAACGCGUUCCCGGAGCAAAAGGACCCCAGCACCGUGCUCUACCACCAAGCCAUCAGGAGGGGCGGGGAGGAGAGGCGCGUCAACGCCAUCACCAGUCGUGAUGGACUUCACGCGCGGCUUCUGUUCAUCGAUAAGAACGUGACCAAGUUCCGGUACAGCGACCUGCUUGGCCAGGGCUCAUACGGCGUCGCGCGCCGUGUCGCCGACCCGCGCACGGGCAAGACGUACGCCAUCAAGGAGUGGAAGGUCAGGAACCGCAGCAAAGACGUCGCGCAAAAGGAACAGAGAUUGAAGUAUGACAAUAUUGUCGACUUCAAGAGGCACGAACAAAACGACGAGCUAGACCUAGAGCGCAUCGUCAUGAGGAACUACGAGGGCGACCUGUUUAGCCUGACGAGCGACGCGAGCUUGGGGAUCGGGAUCCGCGAGCCGGUCGGGGAGGCCUGGUGCAUCAACCGGCCCGUGGACAAGGACACGUGGACCACGCGCAUCGACUUCGACAAGGAGGGUACAAUACAUUCCGCGGGUGGUGGUGGCACCAGCAGCUGCUGCAUCGUCCGGAAGCCAGGGAUCUUGUUCCUCGACAUCAUCUGGGACAACGGCAUCCGCCGCCGCCGCCAGCAAGCCUUUGGGCACAGUACAAGCAAAAGCCGGCACUAA